CUUUGAUGCAGAUCGGGGCCUUUCCUCCCCUGAUCAUGUUCUUCGCAACCUCGCCCGUUCAAGAUCCGGUCUUAAUCACAAUCCUCCUGUCGUUCUCGAAGGCCAAAACUGAAGUUGAGCCCCAGCUAAAGACGUCAGUCGGUGACUGCACUGCCUCAACGACCCGUUGACAUUCAUGAAAGGAUAUCUGCUGUCUCCUGACAACUGGCUAUGCGGCUACAGCGAUUCACAAUGUACUUGCGCUCCGUACUGCCGGUGCAAGACCUUUGAGCCAUGUUGCAUAUCUUGCUGCUAUCGAGUCCCUUCAGGUCUACAUCAUGUGCCCGAACACAUUCUCCGACAAUUACAAGGUCUCCCUCCGACCAGUAACAUGGGCUCAUCAGCUUAUUUGACGAGUAGCGCGGGGACGAUGAUGCCUGGUUCGGAUGAGAAGGUCAGCAAGGGGUGUUGUAUGGUCAUGUGAGACGGGCGGAGUGUGAUCUCAUCCUCCCGUAUACAGGCGUCAGUCUGUAUCAACGACACGUGUCGCCGAAAGUAAUGU